UGCCGGGGCCAGGAACGGCCGCCCGGAGCUCGGAGGACGAGGAGCGCGCCGCGCCCGGGGCACUGACCGAGGGGCUUCCGGUGACUGAUUCCUCUCUAGCUGGCGCCUGGGAAAUGGCAGCCGCUGCUGCUGCAGCCUUGAAGACAGCCACUUGCCUGCUCAGCUUACUCAGAAGAUAGGAUUCAAGAGGUGCUGACUCCCCCGAGACAGGCUGGGGGCGAGCCGCGGUCCCCCCGCUCCCGGGAUGACCGCGGCCGGCCGGGCCAACCCCUACAGCAUCGUGUCGUCGGAGGAGGACGGGCUGCGCCUGGUCACCAUGUCGGGCGCCAACGGCUUUGGCAACGGCAAGGUGCACACGCGGCGCCGGUGCCGGAACCGCUUCGUGAAGAAGAAUGGCCAGUGCAAUAUCGAGUUUGCCAACAUGGACGAGAAGUCACAGCGCUACCUGGCCGACAUGUUCACCACCUGUGUGGACAUCCGCUGGCGCUACAUGCUGCUCCUCUUCUCGCUGGCCUUCCUUGCCUCCUGGCUGCUCUUCGGCAUCAUCUUCUGGGUCAUCGCUGUGGCCCACGGCGACCUGGAGCCGGCGGAGGGCCGUGGCCGCACGCCCUGCGUGAUGCAGGUGCACGGCUUCAUGGCCGCCUUCCUCUUCUCCAUCGAGACGCAGACCACCAUCGGCUAUGGGCUGCGCUGCGUGACGGAGGAGUGCCCGGUGGCCGUCUUCAUGGUGGUGGCGCAGUCCAUCGUGGGCUGCAUCAUCGACUCCUUCAUGAUCGGCGCCAUCAUGGCCAAGAUGGCACGGCCCAAGAAGCGGGCGCAGACUCUGCUGUUCAGCCACAACGCCGUGGUGGCACUGCGCGACGGCAAGCUCUGCCUCAUGUGGCGUGUGGGCAACCUGCGUAAGAGCCACAUCGUGGAGGCCCACGUGCGCGCCCAGCUUAUCAAGCCGAGGGUCACAGAGGAGGGCGAGUACAUCCCGCUGGACCAGAUUGACAUCGACGUCGGCUUUGACAAGGGCCUCGACCGCAUCUUCCUGGUGUCGCCCAUCACCAUCCUGCACGAGAUCGACGAGGCCAGCCCGCUGUUUGGCAUCAGCCGGCAGGACCUGGAGACGGACGACUUCGAGAUCGUGGUCAUCCUGGAGGGCAUGGUGGAGGCCACGGCCAUGACCACGCAGGCCCGAAGCUCCUACCUGGCCAACGAGAUUCUGUGGGGCCACCGCUUCGAGCCCGUCCUCUUCGAGGAGAAGAACCAGUACAAGAUCGACUACUCGCACUUCCACAAGACCUAUGAGGUGCCCUCCACGCCCCGCUGCAGCGCCAAGGACCUGGUGGAGAACAAGUUCCUGCUGCCCAGCACCAACUCCUUCUGCUACGAGAACGAGCUGGCCUUCCUGAGCCGGGACGAGGAGGACGAGGCGGACGGGGACCAGGGCGGGCCCAGCCCCCAGGCUAGGCACGACUUUGACAGACCCCAGGCCGGCGUCAGUGGCGCCCUUGAGCAGCGGCCCUAUAGACGGGAGUCGGAGAUCUGAGCCGCCUUUGGCCACGGUGCAGCAUCCGCCCCGCCAGGGAGAGGCCUGGUGCCGUGAGGGCUCUAGGCCGGCGCAGAACGGGCCAGGCGCCCUGGUUGCAGACUCAGUAGUGCUCUAGAUGUUUUACGUUUCUUCACAAUGGCCUCGAAAGGUUGGCGGGAGUGGGUGGCCUGGGCGGUCGGCCCACAGCCUCAGAGGCCUGAGCAGGUGCAGGGGCAAGGCGGUGGCCUCCUGGGGGCCGGGCCACAGGUGCCGGGCGCCUCUGCCUGGGGAUCGAGCUGCCACCCCCCCGGGAACAGCACGACAGCCGCCAGCCUCUGUGGGCAAGGCUGGCGGGCUUCAGGGCACCUUGCUGGUUUUAAACUUGGGGAGAAACAUUGGGUUUUGACUUUCUCAACCUUAGCUUGAGUGAGGCUGUUUACAAAGAAAAAAAACUAAUGUGAUUGAAAAAAUUUUUUAAUUCAUGGGGGUAAAAAAAGGACAGUUAGAAUUCCAUUGGUCUGCCGGGAGGCAAGCACCUAGAUGGAGGCUCCAGAAGGUUCUCGGAAGCGGGAUGGGCCUGUUCUCCAC